AGGAAUUGGACAAAGAAAUAGGAGGAGAAAAAAGAAACAAGAAACAUUGGACAGGGUUGAGACGGAGCGGACUGGAUUAUUAUCAUUAUCAUGAGACUGAAAUGAUCCAUCAAUUGGGAGGUCUCUCUCUCUCUCGCUCUCCCUCUCUCUCUUCUUUCUGUCUUUCUCUCCUUUCUUCUCCGAUUACCAGUCAAACAUCCUACCCAAUUCCGAGAAGUUACCAGUCGAGAAAGAAACACGCCUCGCAUCGAGAUGUUUCCGCAUUGGACUACAUCCGGGUCAAUCAGCCGUUCUUGUCCAUGCUCCUUACUCCGUACGACAGGAUGAGCCCGCAUCAGAACAUCUUCACCUACAGUAUCAAUAGUAUCAGGUACUCCGUAGGUACUGUACUAAAACCCUCGAGGCCUUUGACCGGUCACAUCCUCGACCUCUACUAUGAUACUGCUACUGGUACUUUAGUGGAGUAAUCUCCUGUCUGAUAUAGCCUUAGCAGUACGAGCUACGAAAUAACGAAUACCUAGGCCACUGCAGGCUUACCGAUUUAGAUUUGCCUUCUACUUAGGAAGCCUAAGACGAGGUGAUACUGUGAAAGUGACAGCCUCUGACCGCCGGAUCCGAGUGACAUUUAUAGCCAAGUCAGUAUCCUCAGUCAUGGCAAGCAGCCACCUCCGAGAGGGCCCGUGAGCUCAGAUACCAAG